UCUUGAUUUGGUUGAGGAGGAGGGUGAGAGUGCUUUGGUUAAUGGAAGGAGAAGAGAAGAAGAUGGAGAGAUUAGAGAAGAAAGAGGAGAACAUGGAAGAUGUGGGACUCAAAGAGCUAUCUAAGAAGCUUAAAGAGUUUGCAAUGGAGAGAGAUUGGGAGCAAUAUCACAGUCCAAGAAAUCUUCUUCUUGCUAUGGUUGGUGAAGUUGGUGAGCUAUCAGAAAUAUUUAUGUGGAGAGGAGAAGUAGCCAAGGGAUUACCAAACUGGAAGGAUUCAGACAAGGAGCACUUGGGAGAGGAGCUAUCAGAUGUACUGUUGUAUCUCAUAAGAUUGGCUGAUAUAUGUGGAAUUGAUCUUGGUGAUGCAGCAAUCAAAAAGAUUGUCAAAAAUGCAAUCAAGUAUCCUUCAAAGACUUUCUGAAAUUUGGAUCAUAUCAUG